GCGCUCCAGUUGAAUGCUUGUUGUUCAGCGGAGCUCUAUGGAGGUGGAAGUUACCUCCGGUCGGUCAUAGCUUUAGCACUCCGCCACAGCAUCUUGGAUAUCGUUUGUGAAGCUUCACGUCCCGCUGCGCGUUAGGGAUGAGCUGUUAAACUCGCUGCAGGAAAAGACUGGAACACGGGACCGAUUUCACCUUGUUUUUAAUCACCUUGAAGCGGUGAACACUGCAGCGUGCCACACCGCUGCGCUGGUGUUGGGAACAAACAAGGGAAUGACAUAAACACACCCAGAGAUGGUUGACUGUCCUCUGGGACCUUUAAUAACACUACUUUGAGGUUUUUCUCUGCUAAAACGGAACGGAACGUGCUUCUUGUAUUUGUCCCCGGUGGAAGGAUUAACCAUGCCGGACCUGAUCACAAUCUCGGAGUUUGUGGCAGAGACGAAUGAAGAUUAUAAAUCACCGACUGCUUCUAAUUUCACCACCAGGAUGUCCCACUGUAGGAACACCGUUUCAGCUCUGGAGGAGGCUCUGGAUGUGGAUCGCAGUGUUCUCUACAAGAUGAAGAAGUCUGUCAAGGCCAUCUACGCGUCUGGCCUGGCCCACGUAGAGAACGAGGAGCAGUACACUCAGGCCCUGGAGAAGUUUGGAGAAAACUGCGUCUACAGAGACGACCCUGAUCUGGGUUCAGCCUUCCUCAAGUUCUCCGUUUUUACCAAGGAGCUCUCGGCACUUUUUAAAAAUCUUUUCCAAAACAUGAACAACAUCAUCACCUUCCCUCUGGACAGCCUGCUGAAAGGAGACCUGAAGGGUGUCAAAGGGGACCUGAAAAAGCCUUUUGACAAAGCCUGGAAGGACUACGAAACCAAAGUCGGCAAAGGACAUUCUUUACUGAAAGGGACCAAGAUCGAGAAGGAGAAGAAGGAGCACGCCAGGCAGCACGGGAUGAUCAGGACAGAAAUCAGCGGGGCGGAAAUCGCUGAAGAGAUGGAGAAGGAGAGAAGAUUCUUCCAGCUGCAGAUGUGCGAGUAUCUCCUCAAAGUCAAUGAGAUAAAAAUCAAGAAGGGAGUGGACCUGUUGCAGAACCUCAUCAAGUACUUCCACGCUCAGUGCAAUUUCUUCCAGGAUGGUCUAAAAGCCGUGGACAACCUAAAGCCUUCCAUAGAGAAACUGUCCACUGAUCUGCACACGAUCAAGCAGGCGCAGGACGAGGAGAGGAAGCAGCUGACUCAGCUGAGAGACGUCCUCAAGUCUACUCUGCAGGUGGAGCAGAAGGAGGAUUCUCAGGUGCGACAGAGCACAACCUACAGCCUCCAUCAGCCGCAGGGCAACAAGGAGCACGGCACUGAGCGAAGCGGCUUCCUUUUUAAGAAAAGUGAUGGGUUGAGAAAAGUGUGGCAAAAGAGGAAAUGCACGGCAAAAAAUGGAUACCUCACCAUCUCACACGGCACGGCUAACCGACCGCCGGCUAAACUCAACCUGCUAACCUGCCAGGUGAAACACAAUCCUGAGGAGAAGAGAAGCUUUGACCUCAUAUCACACGACAGAACGUAUCACUUUCAGGCCGAGGACGACCAGGACUGUCAGAUUUGGAUCUCAGUGCUGCAGAACAGUAAAGAGGAGGCGCUGAAUCAGGCGUUCAAAGGGGACCACCACGUGGGUGAGAGCAACAUCGUGCAGGAGCUGACCAAGGCGAUCCUGGGGGAGGUCAAGAGGAUGACUGGAAACGAUGUGUGCUGUGACUGCGGCGCCCCCAAUCCGACGUGGCUUUCCACCAACCUGGGAAUCCUCACCUGUAUUGAAUGUUCAGGAAUCCACAGGGAGCUGGGAGUCCACUACUCCCGGAUCCAGUCCCUCACUCUGGAUGUCCUCAGCACCUCAGAGCUCUUGCUGGCCAAGAACGUGGGGAACGCUGGCUUUAAUGAAAUCAUGGAGGCCGCUUUGAUUGCUGAGAACGUGGUGAAACCCAACCCAGCCAGUGACAUGCAGACGAGGAAGGACUUCAUCACGGCCAAAUACACGGAGAAACGCUUCGCCAAGAAAGAAUACCCUGAUGCUGCGUCGCGGCUCCACGCGCUGUGCGAGGCGGUGAAGGCUCGAAACAUCUUCCAGCUCAUCCAGGUCUACGCUGAGGGGGUGGACCUCAUGGAACCCAUUCCACUCGCCAACGGACACGAGCACGGCGAGACGGCCCUUCAUCUGGCGGUCAGGCUAGUGGAUCGAACGUCUCUCCACAUCGUCGACUUCCUCACUCAGAACAGUUUAAAUUUGGACAAGCAGACGGCCAAAGGCAGCACGGCGCUGCACUACUGCUGCCUGACUGACAACAGCGAGUGUUUGAAGCUGCUGCUGCGAGGAAAAGCGUCCAUAGAUAUCGCCAACGAGGCCGGAGAAACGCCGCUGGAUAUCGCCCGCAGGCUAAGACACAGUCAGUGUGAGGAUCUGUUGAACCAAGCGCUGGCGGGAAAAUUCAACGCCCACGUCCACGUGGAGUACGAGUGGCGCCUGCACCAUGAAGACCUGGAUGAGAGCGAUGAAGAUCUGGAUGAAAAGCCGAGCCCUCACCGGAGAGAUGACCGUCCAGUCAGCUGCUACGCCCCCGGCAGUAACUCCCACCUUCAGGCUGGCCUCGGUAGGGACAAGCAGCGCCUCUACAUGCCCAAUCUGGUGAACAACGAGACGUACGGCACCAUCGUCAACACUAACUCGCCUCAGUCGGCCACCACCUCCGCUCCACCGCUGCCCCCGAGGAACCUGGCCCAGUUAUCGGCUCUAGGUGGAGCCAGUCAGUCCUCCACUUCCUCCAUCUGGAAACCGUCUUCGUUGGACCUGAGCGGCAGACAGCGCUCUUCCUCGGAUCCUCCCAACAUGCAUGCCCCUGUCCCCCCCACGAGGCUCACUUCAGGUGGAGGUUUGGGUCCUGCUGUAGCCAAGUCUGGUCUGUUGGGGACCAGGUCAGGUCCACCUAAAUCUCCAGAUGGGACUGAUAAAAGCUUCAGCCGAGCUUUCCUGAAUCGCACAGAAUCUGUAGAAAGAGCCGCUAAGGAAGUGCCAGGAUGCCCCCAGAACACCACGGGUCAUUCCCUGCCUCCGGCCCCCAUUCCGAGAAAGUCCUUCUCAAAGCAGAGACCAAAACGAGUGAAGGCCAUCUACAACUGCAUAGCCGACAACCCCGACGAGCUGACGUUUUCUGAGGGCGAGGUGAUCGUGGUGGACGGAGAGGAGGACCAGGAGUGGUGGCUGGGUCACAUCGAAGGGGAUCCAAUGAGAAAAGGCGCCUUUCCUGUUACGUUUGUCCACUCCAUCUCUGACUGAAGAUCCUCUCGUCCGUCUGCAGCCAUCAGAACAUCCCAGUUUUAUAUCCCCCAUCAUCACUGCUGCAUCAUCACCGUGGCGGCAUCUUUGUGCGUGCGUGUGUUGUCACGACGACUGCAGCAAGUCUGGCUGUAACCGAGGCCCUGCAGAACUAAAAAAAAAUGAUUGUAGUGAGUCAUCUCUGGCAAUAAAUGCACUUUUUUUGUCUUAAUUCAUGUUACAAACUAAUGAAGGUCACCUGUUCAGUGUUUUUAUCCGUUCCGUCUGCAGCUGCGGUGCUCAAGACUCCAUAAACUCUUGAGAUUAGAGCAGAUUUUAACAAACUAAUAACGCUAAAUGUGAAUUUAGAACAUGUGUGGGUGCACGAGGGAUGUUCUUUAGUUUCUGCUGAUGGGAGCAGCUCUCCUGGGUGGAGAACUUACUGGUGCUAACUCUGGAGGAUCUUCCAUGUCCCCAAUUCAGCCCCACUGGAGCUGCUGCAGGGUUUUUUUAUUCUUAUUUUAAUGCCUCUGACUCUUCACAGCUGGGAGAAAACCACUUUGUUGGACGUUUGUAAUGAAUUCACCGUCACACAUCACCACACUUCCUGCCGGCAUCAAUUUGGCCUUCCUACAUCCAAUCCAGCAGCGACAUUCCGGUUCUUCUGCCUUACCAGAGAAACCAGAUGGUUGCGUUAGAGGACGAGCUGCAGAUAUGAUUGUAGCUGUGUUGUUGCCUUCAGGAACACUCGUUGGCAGGCUGCUUUAUUGUUUUUUAAAGCUAAAUUAAGAGUUUUGAUGCCGUAACCAGAUACAGGAAUGUCAGUGUGCAGCUUAAGUCAUCUGAGGGUUCUGUCAUGUAGAAAGAUGCGAUUUAAAAUAACUCUGGUCAUCCUGGUUGCAGAGCAACUUCCUUUGUGUUCAUAUUGUUUAUAUUUAGAGCCCAAAAUCAGAGCCUUCCAUGUGUUUAUGAAUGACAGAGAAAGAGAGUUCUCUUUCUUAACUCACUGGAAAUGGAAGAUUUAAGCAUCUAUUUAUGUUUGUGGGUAUUUAAAUGGAAUCAGUGGAUUUAAGCUGAGCAAUAAAUGGUUUUUUUUAAUGCACUGUGUCGACGAGAAGAGUUGGACCUGGGAGUGACGUGAGCGGACACGCAGAUGCUUCUGCGCAUGACUUCAUUCAUCCUCACUAACCGACUGAAGCUCGCCGCAUCGACGCUUCACUUGUGCGAGUAUGUGGGAACGUGAAACUGGAAAAAUAAAAUGUGAAAUAAU